CUCUCCUCGCCCGAUUUCAAUGCUUCAUUUUGGUAAGCAGUUUCUAAUAAUCCAUUCCUUUGUUUCGCGCUUCCUCGCUCGCAUUCUGCAUAUCUUCAACGCUACCGGCUACUACCAUCCUGCAAAAGCACUUCUCCCCUGCCCGCGCAUGCCAUCCAGGUUCAUUCUCUUUCACCUCCUUCCAUCCCUUAGGCCAUCCCUCGGUUUCGACACGAAAGCCUAAUUUUUCACUCCUUUCCUUCCGCUUUUCCCAUUGUCCUAUGGAAACAUCUCGUCCGUCGUCUAGCCCACGCCGAUCUCUCUUCCGAUAUUUCCACUCUUCCUGUUUCAGACGGUGUUGUCGUUGUUUCUGCUGUUUCUAUUCCUAUCCCUGAGCUACUUUCCUUGUAAAAAAUCUCUGUCUCUCAUUUCUUGAGGACUUGUUGCAAGUUAGGAAAUAUGGAUGUGUCGGGUGCUCAGCCGGGUCUAUCUCUCGGCUUAAACGCUCAAAUUUCGUCGCCGGCUUUGGCAGGCCAUGUUAAUGAUAAUUUAGUUUCCUUUCAACAGAAUUCGAGCUUUCGUAGUUCCUCCAAUACAACCCCUCCUGUGCCGUUGCAGUUGCUCGAUGAUCAAGACGACAAGGUUAGGGUCAAAUCCAGUGAAGUAACAGAGGAGGAGGAGGAGGAAGGAUCAGUGGAAGAUGAAGCGAUCGACUUUAUGGGUCGGCCUGCGUGUGUUAAGAGGAAAUCAGAAGUACAGUCGAGUUUCUCCUCGAAUCCUCCGAAGUGGCUCGCUGUCGAUUCGGGGCAUGGCGCCAGGAGAGCUUCAGUGCAGGCUUGGGCGAACCAGCCACUGGAGGUAGCUGACCCCGAGAUUCACGAAAUAAUGGAGAAGGAAAAGCGGAGACAGUUCACAGGAAUAGAAUUGAUUGCUUCUGAGAAUUUUGUGUGCAGAGCUGUCUUGGAAGCUCUGGGUAGUCAUUUGACGAACAAGUAUUCUGAGGGAAUGCCUGGAGCCAAAUACUACACAGGUAAUCAGUUUAUCGAUCAGAUGGAAUUGCUUUGCUGUGACCGUGCAUUGGCUGCGUUUGAUCUUCAUCCAAGCAAGUGGGGCGUGAACGUUCAGCCUUACUCAUGUACUUCUGCCAACUUUGCUGUGUACACCGGUAUAUUGCAUCCAGGGGAUCGAAUUAUGGGUUUGGAUCUGCCAUCCGGUGGGCAUCUGAGUCAUGGAUAUUAUACCCAGAGUGGAAAGAAAAUUUCUGCAGCAUCGAUAUACUUCGAAACUCUUCCCUACAAAGUCAAUCCUCUAACAGGCUACAUAGACUAUGACAAGCUUGAAGAAAAAGCCUAUGAUUAUCGCCCCAAACUGCUUAUAUGCGGAGGCAGUUCGUAUCCUAGAGAAUGGGAUUAUGCAAGGUUUAGGAAGAUUGCUGAUAAGUGUGGGGCUGUUUUGAUGUGUGACAUGGCUCAUGUUAGCGGGCUUGUCGCAGCUAAGGAAGUUGCUAGCCCUUUUGAUUACUGUGAUGUUGUUACUUCAACAACCCACAAAAGUCUCAGAGGUCCAAGGGGAGGUAUCAUCUUUUAUAGGAAAGGUCCAAAACCUAGGAAGCAAGGCCUGGCUCUUAAUCAUGGGGGUGAUGGUAGUUAUGACUUUGAGGAAAAGAUAAACUUUGCUUUAUAUCCAUCCUUACAAGGAGGUCCACACAAUAAUCACAUUGCUGCUCUUGCCUUAGCCUUAAAACAAGUUGCAACUCCAGAUUACAAAGCAUAUAUGCAACAGGUGAAGAAAAAUGCACAGGCGUUAGCAUCUGCUUUGCUGAAAAGAAAAUGCAGACUGGUAACCGAUGGCACUGACAAUCACUUGUUGCUCUGGGACCUAACUGCACUUGGCUUAAUUGAUAGAAACUAUGAGAAGGUCUGUGAGGCUUGUAAUAUCACACUCAACAAAUGUGCCAUUUAUGGUUCUAUUUCACCUGGGGGAGUUCGAAUCGGUACUCCUGCGAUGACAUCAAGAGGUUGCUUAGAGGAUGAUUUUGAGAUCAUAGGUGAUUUUCUUCUGAAGGCAGCACAGAUUACCAGCAAUAUACAGAGGGAAUAUGGAAAAUCUUGUAAAGACUUCCUCAAAGGUCUUCAAAAUAAUAAAGAUAUUGUUGAGCUCAGAAAUCAGGUUGAGGCAUUUGCUUCCGAGCUUCCAAUGCCAGCAUUUGAUAUUUGAUUCAAGCCAGUACAGUAGGCAGCCUCCACAUUUUGCAUGGUAACCCAUCCCCUCGGCUCUCUGCUCUUGUGCUUGCUCUGACCUUUUGUAAAGGAAGCUCAUUUGGAUCAUGCACAUGGAACACAGAUUAAGUAGCCUCGGCUUACAUCAUUACUUGGCAACAGUUGCUGAGGGCUUGUAUACUGUACAAAAUGUUUCCUUACCACUGAUAUUAUAGGUACCUUUGCUUGUUUAGGGAAGACAUGACUGUAAUUACAGGAACUCAUUCAGGAGUGGUCUUUGGAGUGCACUUGUUCUAGCGACUACGAGCUGCUAAGUUCUCGUAUUGAUGUCAUACGAACUAUUCUAGGGACUCCAUGUUCCUAGUUUCUUUAAUCUGGAGCGACAGUUACAAAGUUAAAUUAAAACGUAAAAACACCAGGCAAUUCUAGUUGUUUGUAUUUUGGGGGAUAUCUGACGAGCUUUUGCAUUGA